CGUCACUUCCGCCACACAGCUGAUGAAGAUGGCUCGGUGAUGAUGGUGUUUUCCUCGGAUUUUCUCUCCCCGUGACGCCCGACAGGAGUUUUGAGCGACGAGACACCUUCCUCAGGGGGAUUUUGAAGGAGAGGAGGAUGCAGCAGCCACCGCCAGUGAUAAAUGGUGGGGGACCGAGGCAGCCACAGCCUCACCGGUUCCCCGCCGCCCCUCCAGCAGGGCCUCCCAUGGGCAUGAAGCCUCCUGGGCCAGGCAUGGCACCCCCAGUAGGCCUCCCAAGACUCAAUGGGCCCCUCAUGAAUGGCCCACCCUCAGCCCCACCUACAAGGGCACCGCUUGUCAAUGGCCAGAUGGGACCUCCUCCUCCAGGACCCCCAAUGGGACCUCCAGCGGGACCUCCCACCCGGCCGCCCCUGGGGCCCCCUACCCAGCCACCACUAGGACCCCCACAGAGACCCAUGGGUCAACUCCCUAUACCCAAUGUGCCUCCCUCUGGCCCAGCUGCCAAGCUGCCCACGGGGCCCAACCUGGUGGCCUCCGGACCCCCCAGUCCUAUGUUGAACGGGCACCAAAGGCCUUCGCCGCCCACCAAUCUCCCAGAGCCACUCUCUAACCGAUCAUCUAACCGGUCCUCUCGCCAGCCUUCCCCCAUCCCUACUCCUCAGCUUGACCGCAUGGAGAUGCAGGCCACGCCUGACUCGGGCCACACACCCAGUGGAUCCAUGACGAAUCUGAGUGAAGCAUCUAGCAUGGGCUUGCUAAACCCAAAGUCUGCGGGCAGCUCAGGGAAGAGCACCCCUAGGAUGCCCUCUCCCAGCAUCCCAGGAAGUGGGGGUACAGCCGCCCCUACUAGUAGUGCCCCUGCCAAUGUGCCUCCCUCCUCCCAACCUGCAUCUAGUGAACAACCUGCCAGUGGUUCCUAUGUUAACAGUGUGUCCUUGGACAGAACUGUGAAGCCUCAGCUUCCAAGUGGUGCUCAAGUGAUGAAUGGACCGCAGACUGAUGUGCAUGGGUCAGAGUUGCCAAAAACUAUUCCUCCUUCCACCUCCAGUGCAGUAUCACCACAGGUCAACAGCAACCCCUCUCUGAAACCAGAAACGAGUGCGCCAUCUCUUGUCAGGCCCCCAGUGAUUGGUGGUCAGAGUGUUCCUCCUUCCAGUGGUCCACCAUCAACUACAGCUCCUUCAGUUUCCAGUGUCCCCACUAGUGCUCCUCAGUUUAAUGGUCCUCCAGUUAGAAGUCCCAUGUUUGGUAGUGGACAGCCCAGUGUCCCAGGACAGUUUGUGCCACAACAUAAUAAUGUAUAUCCCCCUGCAGGGUCUUUAGCCCAACCCUCUGGACCAGCAGGCCCUACUAUGACGCCAAGGGGACCACAGCCGCCUAUGUCAAUGGGUUCUUUACCUACUUCCAUGGGACAACCACCAACAUCAAUGAGCAUGAGUUCAUUUCCAACAUCAGUGAGCCAACGCCCACCAAUGUCAAUGGGUGUAGGUCCUCCACCAUCUGGAAUGGGUGGUCCUAAAGCAGGUGGUCCUCCACCCAUGUCAAUGGGUGCACCACCAACAUCAAUGGGUGUACCACCAACAUCAAUGGGUGCCCCACCGACAUCAAUGGGUGCCCCACCAACGUCAAUGGGUGCCCCACCAACGUCAAUGGGUGCACCACCAACGUCAAUGGGUGCACCACCAACAUCAAUGGGUGCACCACCAACGUCAAUGGGUGCACCACCGUCAAUGGGUAAGCCACCUUCAAUGGGUCCCCCACCUACAUCUAUGGGUGCACCUCCAUCAAUGGGCCCUCCACCUACAUCUAUGGGUGCACCCCCAUCUAUGGGGCCUCCACCUACAUCUAUGGGUGCACCUCCAACUAUGGGCCCUCCACCUGUGUCUAUGGGUGCACCUCCAUCAAUGGGUCCUCCACCCACUUCAAUGGGUGCUCCACCAAUGGGCGCUCCACCAAUGGGCUAUCACCAACCUCCCAGAAUGCCAAACCAAUCCCAACACAAUGCUAUGCAAGGGACCAUGCCCCGGUAUCCUAACCAGCCACAACCAGCACAGAAAUAUCCUCCUCCCCCCAGGCCAGGAGCACCACAGGGUGUGAACCAGCUAUCACAGCAGCUGGGUGGUCUGUCGGUGACACGUGAAGGCUGGAACAAAGGCUGGGGGACACAGCAGAUAGACCUUCUACAGCAGCGGCAGAUCCUACCCCCUGAGGGUGUGGUGCCCCCGAAGCCAGUGUUGAUUCAAGAGUAUUUGCCUAAUUGUUCGCCAGAAAUCUUCCGGUGUACGCUAACAAAGGUUCCAGAGACAAAGUCAGUGCUGCAAAAGUCCCGGCUACCCUUUGGAAUACUCAUUCAUCCGUUCAAGGACUUAGAGCAUCUGCCUGUUGUAAGCUGUAACACGAUAGUGCGCUGCCGAUCAUGUCGCACAUACAUUAAUCCCUUUGUUGUAUUCAAAGGGGAACGAAGAUGGGAGUGCAACCUAUGUUUUAGGGUUAAUGACCUUCCAGAGGAAUUCCAGUAUGACCCAGUCAGCAGGACAUAUGGAGACCCAUCAAGACGGCCAGAGGUGAAGGAGGCCACGAUAGAGUUCAUUGCCCCACAGGAAUAUAUGCUGCGGCCACCACAGCCAGCCACUUACCUCUGGGUGUUGGAUGUGUCUCGGCAAGCCGUUGACACUGGUUAUCUUAAGAUUGUAUGCGACACCUUGCUUGCUCAGCUGGACAAGAUCCCAGGGGACAGGCGAACCAUGAUUGGCUUUAUCACUUUCUCCAACAAUGUCCAAUUUUAUCUGAUGGGUGAAGACCAAAAGAGUGUACAGAUCCUUGAGGUUGGGGAGGUGUCAGACAUGUUUGUGCCGAAUCCCGAGGAUCUGCUUGUUAACUUGGAGCAAAGCCGCACAUUAAUAGAAGAAUUGUUAUCAAAGCUGCCUGACUCGCAGGCUGGAACUGUCCAGACACAGUCGGCACUUGGCCCAGCCCUUCAAGCAGCUUACAAACUAAUGUUUCCUGUAAUAAAGCCUAUGAAUAUCAUGCUAAGCAUGGAAAUGGCAUCCUCCAUGGAGCUGGUGUUCUUCCAGUCACGGCUCACGGACAUUACAUUCUACACUCGUUUCCGAAAUGCUUUUGACGGCAAGUUUGUGUUGCCCAGCCUGCAGCCAGAUUUUCCAGUGACUGCAUUUUCAUGUUACCUGUCCCUUGAACCCAUUGUAUGCGACACCUUGCUUGCUCAGCUGGACAAGAUCCCAGGGGACAGGCGAACCAUGAUUGGCUUUAUCACUUUCUCCAACAAUGUCCAAUUUUAUCUGAUGGGUGAAGACCAAAAGAGUGUACAGAUCCUUGAGGUUGGGGAGGUGUCAGACAUGUUUGUGCCGAAUCCCGAGGAUCUGCUUGUUAACUUGGAGCAAAGCCGCACAUUAAUAGAAGAAUUGUUAUCAAAGCUGCCUGACUCGCAGGCUGGAACUGUCCAGACACAGUCGGCACUUGGCCCAGCCCUUCAAGCAGCUUACAAACUAAUGAGUCCCAUAGGUGGUCGCAUCACAGUUAUGACGACAACACUACCCUCAGUUGGCCCAGGUGCACUUCAACCACGAGAAGACCCGAACCAGAGGGCAGGGAGUGAUGUCCAGAACAUGGGGCCAGCCACCGACUUCUACAAAAAGCUUUCCCUUGACUGCUCUGGCCAACAGAUUGCAGUGGAUCUGUUUGCCCUGAAUUCACAGUAUGUUGACAUGGCUACAUUAACUGGGAUCAGCAAGUUCUCAGGUGGCUGCAUCCACCACUUCCCUGGAUUCCACGUGGCCAGGAACCCUCCCUCUAUCGGUCCCUUCACAGCAUGUCUCACACGCUACAUCACCCGCAAGAUUGGCUUUGAGGCUGUCAUGAGAAUCAGAGCGACGCGGGGACUAGCCAUCACAAAUUUCCAUGGUAACUUCUUUGUGCGGUCUACGGAUUUGCUUUCCCUGCCUAACAUCAACCCAGAUGCUGGCUUUGGCAUGCAAGUCAACAUAGAAGAGCCGCUCCACAGCAUCCGUACUGCUUGCUUCCAGGCAGCUCUCCUCUACACAUCCAGUAGAGUAAAUUUAGACACUCCGAACAUCCAUGAAGUUGUGACAUCAGGUGACCAACAGGCAGUGAUUGGCUUGUUGGCCAAGAUGGCAGUGGAUCGUUCUCUUACUUCUUCCCUCUCAGAUGCCCGUGAUGCCCUUGUCAAUGCCUGCGUUGAUGCGCUCACCGCCUUCAAGAUGGGACUCUCCAACCCAGCGCAUGGGGCCCUGGAGGUUUGCCCCAACCUGAGCCUCCUGCCACUCUUCACAUUAGCACUAUUUAAAUCGAUUGCUUUGCGGUCAGGGACAAGCACAAAGCUGGAUGAUCGGCUGUAUGAGAUGUGUGAGCUAAAGUCGCUGCCAUUGCGCCACCUCAUGACCAAGUUGUAUCCAGAUCUCUACGCGAUCCAUAUGCUGUCCGAUAAAGGUGCCCUCAACAUUGAUGAUCAGGUGAUACCUCAGCCUGGACGCCUGCAUCUCUCUGCGGAACGUCUGGAUCGAACUGGAGCCUAUCUGAUGGAUGCAGGCAGCAGCAUUUAUAUCUAUGUGCGGUCAAUGGUGUCCUCAGAGUGGGUGGAAGCAACCCUUGGUGUCCCUAGCUAUGCAGCCAUUCCACAGCCACUCUAUGAUGAUGCUCUUCCUGUGCUAGACACUAGCCAGUCACACCUCCUCCACAACUUCAUCUCGCACCUUCAGAGGGGCAAGCCCUAUCCGGCACCUGUGUUGAUCCUCAAAGAGGACAACCCAGCGCGCAUGCUCUUCAUCCAGCGGCUUGUCGACGACCGAUCUGAGGGCUGCCACUCGUAUGUAGAGUUCCUCCAGUAUCUAAAGAAGAAUGUUAAAUAGUCAUUUUCUUUUAUGUUAUUGAAUGUUUAGGAUGUUAAAAAUAUAAAAGGAAAGUGCAAUUUUUCUUGUUUUUCUUCUUUUUUUUAUGUAUAAAGAUGUUUUUGUGGAAUGAAGAAAUGAAGUAUAUAUAUACGUAUGAUUGAUAACCACAUUUGGGAUGGGUGGAAAGGGGUUAAACAAGGAGGAAGAGGAAGAUCAAACAGGUAGAGAAGAUACACGGUAAUUGGAAAAACAGUGGAAAAGAUAUAUUGUAAGAAUGAUAGACAAGAGGAACAGGAGGAAACUCAUUUUAAAACACAGUUGUGAUGAAUGGAUUAGCAUAGUUUCCAAGGGGCAUCGUCGGUGUCCUUGUGUUGGUCCCUCAGGGUUCGUUAAUUCCGUAGGAGAAGUGCCCAUUUCACCAUCAUCAAGGCUUGCAGACCACUUGAGCAUAAGACUUAGAAUUCUGAAUUAGGUUUUGGUGUCAUCAAGGAGCCUUAGUCAUUUAGGGUCUCGAUCUUCUUCUUCGAGAGAUCACUUUUGUUUUUUAAGAAAAGGAAAAUUGUCAUGUACUGUCCAAUUUAAGUAGCUUUUUGUAUGGAUUUAAUAAUAGUUGUGUUUUUUGCAUAUUUUAUAUCGUGUAGGGUGACAGUUUUAAGAGAAUAUGAAUGAAGUAAAAUAAAAGUUUUGCUGAAUGAGUCAGUGCAUUUGUGGCAAUAAUUCUGUGACAAGAUUAUCCCAGGCAAGGUUUCCUUUCACGACCUGAGAAAUCAUUGCCGAGGGAGGUCAGGUGUCCGAACCAGAUAUGGGGUGUGUUAUGCCCUCUAGCAGUGCUGGAAGGGUUUUGAAAAAUAAAAAAAUAUAUAUAAAAAAGCAAAAUAAAAAGAGAGGAAAAAAAAUGGAUACAGAGAAUGACUGUCCAACUAGUCAAGGAAUUUAUUGGUAGAGAAAAUAUUUGAUAGGAAAUUGAUAUUCUCUCUCUCUCUCUCUCUUUCUUUCUAUCUUACUCUUUUUUUAUAUGUUUUCACCUCCGGUAUUUCACACUACAUUUCGGUAUUUCACACUAUAUUUCUAUCUCCUAUAACAAUUAUAAUGAUAACAGCUCCACCCUCUUAUCAUAAUUAUUAUUCAGUUUUUUGUUGUAUAACCUUGUGUUGGAAAUUGCUGCAAAGAUUAAAUGUUACUGAAAUACAAAAGUUUGUAAUUUGUUCCUGAAGUUGAAGUGCAUUGUAGAUAUCAAGAAUGAAUAUAUGAAAGUCCAUUCCAUUUAGUACAGACUAGGGGGUUUCAGAUCUGUGAAUCUUUUGUUAAUGUUAAGUAUCUUGGUGGUUUUGAAUUGGAUAUAGAUUUUAAAAAAGAAUUUAUUAAUCCUGCUGGUCUUCUGAGGAAGCAUGAAGUCCAGUAUAUAUGAAAAAGAAAGAAGACAAUAAGAACACAGUCGGAAAUAUUGAGGAAGAGACUGUAGGUAAUGUACUAACAGUUAACAUGACCAGAAAAUGAGACCAUGAAUAGUUUGUGGUCAUUGAUUUUGUCUUUAGUCAUGUAUUUUGUCACAUCCUUGACAUAGAAAGAGAGGGGGGGAAAUAAAAACAGUGAUAAUGAUAGUAGCAAUGAUGAUCAAGAAAUGAACUUGGAUGAGUAGUAUCCCUUUUUCUACAGUACAGAAAAAAAUGCCCUCUUGAAUGAUUAUAAUUUACAUUACAAGAAUUCUUUGGAAAUCCACAAUUAGUCUUAUUUGAAUUUGUGUAAUCAUUGUUUUUCUGUAUCACUGGUUGAGAAAAAAAAUUGUUUUCACAGUUUGCUUGGUCUCUGUCAGUCCAGAAAACAAUGAACUGGCAUUAAAGUUCCUGUGUCUGGCUUGCAAAUUAUAACUUGAUGUUCAGUGUGGUAGACUGCUGCUUUUGUGUGAAGACAGAAAUAAAAGAAAAAUAAGCAUAAUGAUGGUAACCAUUUAUCUGUAGACAAGAUCAUCAAAGCCCUAUAUAGUGAUAAAGUAUAUCAGUGGAUUUGUAGGUGCUUAUAGACAUUCUAUAUAUAUGGAAGGAAGAAAAAGAUUCCAGCCACCCCCCCAGCCCCCCUCUCUGUUUACUGGGUAGUUAGUGGAAAAUAUAGAAACGUUUUGAAAAUGAAAGUAUGAAGAUCUGUGUCAUUGCCUCUUCAAAAUUAUACUUUUUAUAUUGGACUGUAAAAAAGAAAAAAAGAAAAUAUGCAGCUGUUUCAUUUGCAUGUGAAUUACUUUGUCAAUUUUACUUGCCUUAAAAUAAAAUGUGGGUAGCGUUACACCUAGUCCAUGAGACCUAUGUACUCUUUAUUAUUGUUAUUAACCUGUGAACCCGUGUAUAUCCAGAAGUAUAUAUUUUAUUUACUCUAUUCCCAUUUUAUAUUUUGAAUUACUAGCAUUGGAAAUUGAUGAUUACAUUGUCCCUGCUCAACUUCAUUAUAUUUCACUGUAACGCCUUGUCUGUCCUUGGUGGGCUUGCACUGGGCGUAUAUUAACCAUAUAUACUUAGCGUGAAUGAAUUUGCGUGUCAACAUGUUAAAGUAUGGAAUGAAUUAUUGUAGGUUUGUGCUCAGAAUAUCACAUUAUCACUCAUCCACGCGUGUGUGUCUGCAUGCACACUCAUACACACAUACAGCCACAGAUACACUCGCACACAGACACACACAUGCACCCACACACACCUGCGCACGUGCGCUAUAACACACACAAAAAUACAAACACAAAAAUACACACAUGCACUCAAACACGCACACGCAGACACGCACAAACAUACACACAAUUUUUAAAAAAUAUUUUUGUUACUAUUUUUAUUUUGUGGGGAAUGCUUGACAUCAGUUACAGAUGUCAGAUCUCCCAAACAGCAGGUAAUAGGAUUAUCUUUUUUUGAUACAUUGGGAGGGACAGGGCAGGUUUAGUCAUUUUUCUUCUGUAAUAAGUGAAGGAAGACGCUCAUAAGAUUAGGGAUAAUGCAAGUGACGUUUACAGCUUAGAGGGAAAUGGAAACCUUUGUCAAGAAAAUAACCAAGAAAGAAAAUAAUUUUAGCAUUUUUUUUUUUCUUGAUAAUAUAUAUAUAUAUUUUUUGUGUGUAUGGGUGUAAAAUACAGCUUGUACAUAGACCUAUAGCUUUUCUGUUUCUAUUUGAUAAGUAAUUGGGUUAUAUAUAUGUGAACCAAGUCAAAAUAUACUGAAAUCCUUUGCUUAAAUGAAUGAAUUAUAGUUUUAUCAAGCUGUGCUCAUUUUGUUAGUUAUCAAUGGAUGCAACAUUUACCUGUUUUUUGUCCUAAUCAGCUGUUGCCCAAGUUGCCAGAUGUACAUUUUCAAACUUGUGAUUUAAAUCUGUAAUUAAGGAAAUGAUUGCACAAUAAAAUGUUAUAUAAAUACAAA